AACACGUCACGACAAAUCGAUACACAUCUGAACAUUUAUAAUACCAUUUCAUGCUCAUGAAAGGUAUAAAAAUACAAGCAAAACAGGAGUUUUAUGCGAAAGCUGGCUUCCCAGGGGUCAUCAUGUGCGUUAAUGGCACGCAUAUAAGAAUAAUCAAGCCACAUGAAGAAGAUUUUCUGUAUUACAACAGAAAAGGAUUUUUUAGCAUUAAGGCUAUGGUGGUGUGCGAUAACAAAAUGCGUAUAAGAAGUAUUGAUGCGAGAUAUUCCGGAUCCAAUCACGACUCGCAUAUAUGGGGUUUGAGUAAGCUGCGAUUUUAUAUGGAACGGCGAUAUCGGGAAGGUGAAAGAAACACCUGGUUGUUAGGCGAUGCGGGGUAUCCUUUGGAGCCCUGGCUAAUGACUCCAUAUCGGUCUGUAAGUGAAGGCACCCAACACAGCAAUUACAACAUGCGCCACUCCAGAACUAGAAAUAUAGUGGAGCGCACUAUCGGAGUCUUGAAAAACCGUUUCCGAUGCUUGUUGGGUGCACGGGAACUGCAUUACUUACCGAAAAAAGUCAGUUAAAUUAUAAACGUUGCUUGCGCACUUCAACAUUUGCAUUCACUACAGAGUGGAAGAUUUGAAUGCAAACGAAUUGAACUUUGAAAUCCGCCAGGAGGCAGAAGAAGAACAAAGCGGUGAUUCCAAUUAUGCUUCCGUGGGUAAUCGUAUUAGAGACAACGUACUUUUCAAAAAUUUAUUAAAUUUUUCUUUUUAAAAAUUUACCAAA